AUGGGUCCUGUCACCAAAGUGAAGCUCUUCUACCAAGCUGUGUUACUUCUUUGCCUCGGCUGCGGCCUUCCGUGCUUUUCAGCUUUCAGCCUCUUCGAUUUUGAGGCUCCUGUGAUUUUCCUCGGGGAGAAAACUGACCAGUUUGGCUAUCGCGUUAUCCAGACAAGAUCCGGUGGCACUUCCUGGUUGGUAGUGAGCGCUCCCUUUGCAAGCAAUCGGACAGGUUCCCUUUUCCGAUGCUCAUACGAUACACAGAAAUGCCAACCAAUUGUCCUCAACCACAUUCCUAGAAUAUCCUUGGGUGUUUCGUUGGCUGCUGAUGAAGCAUCUGAAUCCAAAAUAAUGGCCUGUGGUCCCACCUGGGAACGAUGCUGUGGGCAACUCGAUUAUCUGAACGGCAUCUGCUAUAUUCUGAAUGACUUCGAUGGAAAUGUGAAGAAGAUCCAGCCAGCUUUCCAAGAGUGCGUCUUUGGUGUGGAUGCUGUGAUUUUAUACAAUGAUUCUGGGAGCAUUAAAGACCCCGACCUCCGCAUCAUGAAGGACUUCUUCCUGAACUUGAUGGACUCGGUAGCUGGGGCACAUGUACAGUUUGCUGUGGUUCAGUACUCCUCUAUAUUCACGCUUGUUUUUGAUUUCGCGACCUAUAAUAACACUAGAGAGAAGAUUAAAGAUCUUAUCCACAACUUUGGUCAUUUCAAAGGAGAAACCUACACCCCAUCUGCUAUUGUCCAUGUGGUGGAUAAAGUCUUCACAGUAAAUCGUGGCAUGAGCCCUCACAGCAAGAAACUGCUCAUUGUCCUGACGGAUGGCAUCUCCAAUGACAGAAGGACCACAUUUAAAGAGGCAACAGAAGCUGCCAAUAAAAAAGGGAUAAUCCGUUAUGCCGUUGGGAAUUUCUUGACGGCUCAAGAUGAGCUGCGUAGAAUUGCUUCAUCAAAUGAAAAUGUCUUCCACGUGGAAAGUUUUGACACACUUGAUCAGCUUCAGAAACAGCUGGAGGAUAAGAUCUUUAAUAUUGAAGGAGUCUCUAAACCAUCGCCUGAUGCCUCACCCAGCAGUUUUUUCGAGAAAGAAUUUUCCCAAGGUGGAUUCAGCUCCCUUCUUACACCAGAGCAUGCAGUGACUGGAGCUGUCGGUGCUUAUAGCUGGACUGGAGGUUUAGAAGAAGCAUCCUUUGGAGAACCUCCUCAGAUCAAAUUCCUGAAUGUCAGCAUCAAUGAGUCGUAUAUAGGUUAUUCUGUGGCUUUAGCUUGCUUUCACCAAAGGACCUUCUACAUCACUGGAGCGCCUCGGUACCAGUACGUUGGCCAAGUCCUGGUCUUUGAAAGCAAGAGUGGAAGCUUAAUAGGGAAUAUUCAGGGUCAACAGGUGGGCUCUUACUUUGGUGCUGAACUCGCCUCCGUGGACUUAAAUGAGGAUGGAAAUACUGACCUCCUUCUAAUUGGGGCUCCUCAUUACUACAAUGGAAGCCAAGGUGGGAAUGUCCAUGUCUCCUCCAUCAACAGCACGGGUAAUCUUGUUCACCUUCAAAUGUUGCAUGGAGUCCUGGAUAAUGGACUUGGCCUUUUUGGGGUAGCUCUAGCCACAUUAGGGGAUAUCAGUGGCGAUGGCCUUACGGACGUGGUCAUAGGAGCCCCGAUGGAGGAUGAAAAUCGGGGGGCCAUCUAUAUCUUCCUGGGUGAAGCAGACCGACUGAAGGAAGUGCACAGCCAGCGGAUUUCUGCCACCUCUGUUUCUCCCGUGCUCCAGUUUUUUGGACAAUCCAUCCAAGGAAGGUUGGAUCUGAGCAGGGAUGAGCUGACCAACUUAGCCAUUGGAGCGCUUGGAAGUGCAGUGGUGCUUCGAAUCAACUUCAGUCCCCACGUUGAUGUUAAACAGACCUUGCCACGCCUGAUGCUAGAGAACGAGACACCCAGUUUUUCAGAUUCUCUCCAAAUUGGAAUUAUGCCCAUCUGCAUCAACAAGACUCUGUGGGCUCAGGUCUGCCUGGAUGACUCCUUCUCUCCAGUUGUGCUGCAGACAAACCUCUCAGUUCGGGAACAACCAGAUGUCUCUGACAGGAAUCUGCGACCUGUCCUUCAUCCUGAGGCAAAAACCUCCAUGGACAUUGAGGUUCCCUUCCAGAAAGACUGUGGUGAGGAUGGAAUUUGUGUUCCUGAUCUUUCCGUAUCUUUUAACUUCUCAGGAUCUAAAGGACUGAAGCUGAGCCCAAAUUUCAUACUGAACCUAACACUGAAACUAGAAAAUCUGGGAGAAUUGGCAUAUGAGCUGGCUAUUUCCUUUUACUAAUCUUCUGUUUUGUCCUUCCAGGGAGCUUCAGUUCUUCAAUCGAAUUGGCCCCUGUUCCUGGCUUGUCGGAUGCACAGAUCCCAAGGAAAUGACACCGUACGCCAUAGCUCCUGCCGUUUCAGGCUGCCUGCUCUCAAGGGAGGCACUCGGGCCUUCCUCCGGGUUUCCUUCCGCUCCUCCAAAGGCGAUACCUGGCCUGACAAAUUUGUUUACUUCACCAUCCAUGCACAAAGUCAGAAUGAGAGCAACAUGCAAGAGAACAAUGAGGCUACCGGCCGGCUACCUGUUUUGCAUCCCGUCAACGUCAUAGUGAAAGAGCUUCAGUCCACUGCAUAUCUCAACUUCUCUACUGAGGACCCAGGGAAGAAAAUACUUACGCAUAGCUAUGAGGUGAGGAAUUUGGACUCAAACUCCAUUGCAGUCAAUGUGACUUUUGAGCUGCCUUUGAUGACAAAACAGGUUCUUUUGGAAUAUAACGCCAUCCUACAGCGAUGUGAAAAAUCACUUCUCCUGCACACCGUUGUUUAUGCUCAGAACAGGAAUCAACAGGAAGAAUGUCACAAAACCCAUCAAGUUUACUGCUUUAUCAACAGUCUUGCUAAGGGAGAAUGGAUCAGAUUCAAUUUUUCUGGAGAUUUUUACAGAGAAGACAAAUCUCUCAAACUGGAGUCCGAAAUAUUCCACUUUGGCAGCGAGGCGUCCAUGAGGGUGGAUGAGACCAGAUUUUUCCUGAACGAACAAGAGGGUUUUCAUUUCAGCCAGAUCACCAUAAAAAUUGAGUUAAUUUUGCCGUUCAAUCCUGUCCCCAUCAUCAUUGGCAGCACCAUUGGAGGCAUUGUGCUUUUAGCCAUUAUAGUGGCUGUCUUGUAUAAGCUUCAGCACCGCUUUGCGGAACUGCAGCAAAACGGACCGAAGCCUCUCAGCCAAGUUUUCGGGAGAUUCCCCUACGAUGAGGACAUCAUCGAACGGCCUCGUCAACGCCUCGUGCUGCUCCGGCUUGCGAAGGGGUUCCAGGACGAAUCUCGCCGAGCUCUCCUCCAGCGUCUUCGUACUGGCAGGCAGAGUCACACGAAUCGGAACGCCGAACUUCCAAGCACUUUGGGCCUUCCGUG